CCGAGAUCGCUUCAGUGUGUUUGUGUGUGAGUCAAACGUGUGGGUCUGCAGCUCGGCUGGAUUUUAUGGGAAAGUCAGUUUCCCACCAUUGUGUUCUCAGCGGUUGCCAGACACUCUAAGGGCUUGUAGGCUGCUGUGCUCGUGCAUGUGUGUGUCUGUGGAGUUGUGUAGAGCUGCUGGUUUCACAGAGCAGUACAGGAAGAAGCUGAGUUCAGAUUGUGUUUGAAGCGUCUAAGGGGAAGUCGGGCCGCUCUACAAACCUGUAAAUAUCUCUCUGACUUUUUGGGCUGGUGUUACUUUUCCAUCUCGCACCUCUGGACCGUCCUGCCCUUUUGAUUUUUUUUUUUUUUUUUCGAGCGUGGCGGCUCCCGGUGUUGCCUAGCCAGCGGUGCUAGUGGCAGCGGUGAGCUACAGGGCUGCAUGCCAUGGGCUGCGUCUUCUCCCUGCCAGAGGACAGGAGAGAUGCUGCUGAGAGGACACCCACAACAAGGGAGACCAGUUUCAUUGAGAAAAUGAAGAAAACCGGAAAGAACAUCAUCGUGUUCUACGGAUCUCAGACGGGUACAGCAGAGGAAUUUGCUAACAGGCUGUCCAAAGACGCUCAGCGUUACGGCAUGAAGGGAAUGGUUGCUGAUCCAGAGGAGUAUAGCAUGGGGGAACUGUCCCGUCUGUCUGAGAUUAAAAACUCACUCGCCAUUUUUUGCAUGGCCACCUACGGAGAAGGAGACCCAACUGAUAAUGCACAGGACUUUUAUGACUGGCUGCAGGAAAAUGAUGAUGAGGAUCUCUCCGGAUUAAACUACACUGUUUUUGGUUUGGGCAACAAGACGUAUGAACACUACAAUGCAAUGGGGAAAUAUGUGGACAAAAGGCUGGAGCAGCUGGGAGCAACACGCAUCUUUGAUCUUGGUAUGGGAGAUGACGAUGGCAAUCUGGAAGAGGACUUUGUUUCAUGGAGAGAGCAGUUCUGGCCGGCCGUCUGCGAGCACUUUGGAGUGGAAGCCUCAGGAGAUGAAUCAAGCAUUCGGCAGUACGAGCUGAAGGAGCACACUGACAUCAACAUGAACAAAGUGUACACUGGAGAGAUCGGCCGCCUGAAGAGCUUUGAGGUCCAGAAGCCGCCUUUUGACUCCAAAAACCCCUUCCUGGCUCCAGUGACUGUCAACCGCAAACUAAAUAAAGCUGGUGACAGACAUCUGAUGCAUCUAGAGUUGGACAUCACAGGCUCCAAGAUCAGAUACGAGUCUGGAGACCACGUUGCAGUUUUUCCCACAAACGACUCUGCGCUGGUGAACAAGUUGGGACAGAUGCUUGGGGUUGACCUUGAUGUGGUUAUCUCUCUUAAUAACCUUGAUGAGGAGUCCAACAAGAAGCAUCCGUUCCCCUGCCCUACCACCUACCGCACAGCCCUCACUCACUACCUGGACAUCACUCACCCUCCUCGCACCAACGUCCUCUACGAGCUGGCGCAGUACGCCUCUGAUCCCAAAGACCAGGAGAAUAUGCGCAAGAUGGCCUCCUCCUCCCCCGAGGGCAAGGCCCUCUACCAGAGCUGGGUGUUGGAUGCCAGCAGAAACAUCCUCGCCAUACUGGAGGAUAUGCCGUCACUGAGGCCUCCUGUCGACCACUUGUGUGAGCUGUUGCCCCGUCUCCAGGCUCGCUAUUACUCCAUCGCCUCCUCUUCAAAAGUUCAUCCCAACAGCAUCCACAUCUGCGCCGUCGUGGUCGAGUACAAGACCAAGACUGGCCGCACCAACAAGGGAGUUGCGACCAAUUGGCUGAAAAACAAACUGGUCACGGACAAUGGGCACAAGUCCACCGUCCCCAUGUACAUCCGCAAGUCUCAGUUCCGCCUGCCGUUCAAAUCCACCAACCCGGUGAUCAUGGUCGGCCCUGGGACUGGAAUUGCUCCUUUCAUGGGCUUCAUCCAGGAGAGAGGCUGGCUCAAACAGCAAGGAAAGGAGGUUGGAGAGACCGUGCUGUAUUUCGGCUGCAGACAUAAGAACGAGGAUUACAUCUACCAGGAGGAGCUCGAAGGCGCAGAGAAGAACAGAGUCUUAACACAGCUGAAUGUUGCCUUCUCCAGAGACCAGGACCAUAAGGUGUACGUGCAGCAUCUGCUGACAAAAAACAAGGAGCAUGUCUGGAAGUUGAUUCACACGGACAACGCUCAUAUCUACAUCUGCGGAGAUGCAAGAAACAUGGCUAAAGACGUGCAGACGGCUUUCUACGAGAUUGCGGAGGAGGUGGGAGGCAUGACGCGCACCCAGGCUGUAGAUUACGUGAAGAAACUGAUGACCAAGGGACGCUACUCACAGGAUGUCUGGAGUUAAAUGGCCUCAAACCUGGCCUCACUUUGUGCACAUACAGUGGUAGUUUUAAAGGUUUUUUUUCAUCCGCCUUGGUCUGGACUGACUUAAAGAAACAAAUGAUUCAAUUUUAAACCUUGUGUUCGUACUCACCCUGGUUCACCUUGACAGCGACAGCUAACUGAAGAAAAUGAGGCAAACUCUACCUCAGCAGAUCUUACUAAACCAAUAGAGCAACCUCCUUACUUUUGUUUGUGGACAGGCAGCUUGUGUUUGCUGAGAUCCUCACAUGAUCCUAACUGUUUCAGCCCUGUGCUUUCCGGGGAGUGUUAAGAGCCUCCGAUUUAUAAAUGAACGAAUUGGUGUAGAAUCCCACCCGCUCUAAAUUCUUAAAUAAUGAGUAUUAGAUGCACAAGAGUGUCAUUUAAUUUUGUUUAAAUGGGGUUUUUUUUAUUUUUUUUAUUAGCCUCAGAUUUAAGGUGUCACACCACAGCAGUUUAUGAUGCAUCGUGUGUGUGUGUGUGUGUGUGUGUGUUGCAGUGUAAACACUCAGAGUAGGCUGAGACAUGAAUGGACGCUUUUCUCUCUGAGCUGAUUCAGUAACCGUUUCCUAGCAACAAUAAACAAAUAUCUAAAAUGUUUGAAAAGUUUUUAUUUGGUGUAACAAACUGGCAUCGCAGGUACAAUUGUGUGUUUACCUUUGUGUUUUGACAAGGGGGUUAGCCUUUUAUGCAGACGUUGCUGUUCAUUUGAAAGAAGAAUGGUAACAUUUCGAGAGGCACCGAAAAAAAGGAGACGAUCAUAUAUGAAAACCAUGAGAUUAUGUGCAUUUCUUUUCUUUUAAUACCCUGCCUUUUAACAUAGAGAAAAUAAAUAUUUUUAACCAGUGAUAUUUUAAAGCAUUUUGUAUGUUAGAGCCUUCCUCCCAUGGGACUGUUGUUUUCUGUGAUAUUCACCUAAAAGCAGAGGAUUGUGGGUUCAUUGGGUGGCAUUGGCAACUCUAACACGAUAACCACCUAGGGCUGUGCGAUAUGACCAAAAUCUCAUAUCCCGAUAUAAGACAUUUAUCGUCCUGACAACGAUAUAAAUCACAAAAAUUUAACAUUUUCUGUAAAUUCUGUGAAUCUCGGGCAACUCAACUUGCGUGAAGUGUUUCCAGCUGGGCGUCCUUUACCUGGAACCCAGUGUUUUAACCGAAGCAUGAAACUAUACAUUUUUAGACAUAAGUUGUAAUGGCCGCCGUUUUCUUUCAAAGUUUAAGUCUAAGGUUUAUUUUUUUUUUAGCACCUGACGGCUCUUUUUCGCUUCCCAUCCGUAAACUCUCCGCAUAUUCUUUCACGUGAUUUAAUUUAUUUUGAAAAGUCUCAACAGGAUCUUGAGCUUUAUUGUGAAAGGUUUACGUGGAAAACAAACAAUCGGACAGCGGAGGCACGCGAUGGUUUUACCGUCAUUGUUGCUAACGACAACACGUAAAAACAGGGUCCGUAGUGUGGUUAUAUUAAAUAUAAAAGAAAGAGAGAACUUUAAGAAAUUAAUAUAGCCACUACAGUGACCAUCAAAACGAUGAAAAAAUAUUGCUGUAAACAGUUUAUUUUACGACACCACGAAACAAACGAUAGCGUAAUAGGAAACGAUAGACGUUUUUAUAUCGUCAUCCGAUAUAUAUCGUUAUAUCGAACAGCCCUAUAACCACCUCUGUUUGUCUUUCUUAUACUGUUCUGCGCCUCUCCCCCUUUUUGUCUGACCACACCUGCGCCGCUGCACGCAGAAGGUGGCCAGACGUAUCCGAACAUUUCGCGUGUUCUCCCGUUUCAGUCCGUCAGAGCUCGUCACGGAGCUUUGGGGGAGUUUGAGGUCAGUCAGGCAGUGGAAGUGCAGUGCCUUUUUUUUUUUUUUUUUUUUUUUUCUAUGAUACCUUAUGUAUGGAGUUGGCAGUAAAGUCUGGAUACUUCAUUGUAUGUUUAUUCCUUCUUUCUUGCUUAUAUUUUGAUAGAAAGAAAAGUUCAUCUGAGACACUUUACCUAGUGCUGUCACUUUUAUCAUUCCUCUUUACAAUGUAAUCAUUUGAUUAUAUGGAGGCUUGCUUUUUUUUAAUUAAUAAAAAGACUG